GCAGCGAGGAGCCCGCUCCCGUGAGGAAUCUGCGCCUGCGAAAAUGCAGCCUAGAGGCGGCGUGUGUGUUGCGGGUGGGAAGCUCCGCCUCUCUUCCUCCGCCUGGGCUCCAGGGAGGCGCUCCGGGCCUGGAAGGACACCGCCUUUCCCCAUUUGGUUGCGUUGUGUUCUGGUUCUCAGUGGUCCCCUCCAGCCCUGUGCAGCUGAACAGAGGAAAUAAGAAAAAGCCUUAAUCCAUCAUGACUGUUCCCAUAGCAGUCCUGGAUUGUGACCUCUUGCUUUAUGGUCGUGGACACAGGACACUUGAUCGCUUCAAACUGGAAGAUGUUACUGAUGAGUAUUUGGUAUCUAUGUAUGGCUUCCCACGUCAGUUCAUUUGCUAUCUGGUAGAUCUCCUGGGAGCCAAUCUUUCUCGUCCUACCCAGCGAUCUAGGGCGAUUAGCCCGGAGACUCAAAUUCUUGCUGCAUUGGGUUUUUACACUUCUGGCUCUUUCCAGACCCGCAUGGGAGAUGCCAUUGGCAUCAGUCAGGCAUCUAUGAGCCGUUGUGUUGCCAAUGUCACUGAAGCCCUGGUGGAGAGGGCUUCUCAAUUCAUUCAUUUUCCAGAGGAUGAUGCAUCUGUGCAGCAACUAAAAGAUGACUUCUAUACAUUGGCAGGUAUGCCAGGAGUGCUAGGACUUGUUGAUUGCACCCAUGUAACAAUAAAGGCACCAAAUGCCGAAGACUUGUCAUAUGUGAAUGAAAAGGGCCUUCAUUCCUUGAACUGCCUGAUGGUUUGUGAUGCAAGAGGAUUGCUGCUGAGUGCAGAAACACAUUGGCCAGGCAGCCUACAGGAUCGCACUGUGCUGCAGCAGUCAGGCCUAAGGAACCAGUUUGAAGCUGGCAUGCACAAAGAUGGGUGGCUCCUUGGUGAUAAUUCCUUCUUUCUUCGCACUUGGCUAAUGACUCCACUGCAUAUUCCUGAGACACCUGCAGAGUAUAGAUAUAAUAUGGCACACUCAGCUACUCACAAUAUCAUCGAACAAGCAUUCUGGUCUAUUCGAUCCCGGUUCCGUUGCCUGGAUGGCUCAAAGGGCACACUGCAAUAUUCCCCAGAGAAGGCCAGCCACAUCAUCUUGGCUUGUUGUGUGCUUCAUAACAUAGCUCUUGAACAUGGGCUGGAUAUAUGGUCUUCUUUAACAAUGGGACAGAUGGAACAGCCAGAGGAAUAUGAAUAUGAGCAUAUGGAAUCACUUGACUCUGAAGCCUACCAAGUUCGCAAAGAGUUGUUGAUCACUCACUUUAGCUAACACGAAGAGACAUAUCACUUCAGUUUUUAAGAAGAGAGUAUGAGGGAAGGAAAUAUGGUUAAUUCUGAUUUUUUUAAAAAGUGCACACUUGAAGAGAAUGAGGGUGGGAUUAUUUGUAGGUACUAUGGAGAAAAUAAUACUUUUGUAUUGGGAAAAUAUGCUGCAUUUAAAAGGCUUUGAUAUGCAAGUUCAAGCUAAGUUGGAGAAUGCUCAGAAUUUCACUACAAAUGUUCAACCUUUUUGGACGAUAGUUCUUCAAGGACACAGAAAUGAAAUCAAAGUGGAUAAAAUGUAGAAAUAUCUUUAAGGAUGGUAAAAUAUAAUAAAAAGUCUAUUGAGCACAGUGAAAGAUUCUAAACAAUUGUCCUUGCAUUGCUAAUUGAAAUUAAUUGAACAUUUACUUGCCUAUAGCAGAAAAUUACAGAAACCCUCCUUUUUCUGCUAAAUAGUUUCCAACUCUAGUUUGUCUUUUAAAAAGGCAACAACAGCAGUUGUGUCGGAGAAUCACACAAAGCCCUGUUUCUUGCACAAAAUCACAAUAUUCUGUGGUAUAUUUAUGUCUCAGUGGAUGCAUAAAGGUAUUUACAUAGGCAAAUGUGGAGUGACUGAUUAAAAAUAUCUAUUCAGGUAACAUUUUAAUUGACAUAUACGGGUAAGUUAAUUCUUCGCUGGUACAAAAAGAACCAGAUAACUUAUGCACAUUUCCCAUAGGAGAAAAUAUUUUUCUUGCUUUUUUAUUUGAUACUGUUAAUAUUGAUAUCAUAGAUAGACCUUCAUAUUGAACAAAUACAUUGAGUAAUAACAAGUGAAUUAAAAUGGAAGAAGUCAUAUAUGAGAAGAAUAUGAAAUUGUUUCAGCUAUGCAUACAGUACUUACUUAUGGGAUGGUAUUGGAACUUUGUUAUUUGAAAGUCAUUAUGGAAAAGUGGGUUUUGAAGGGUAAUUUGUUUUAUAGAAUCAUAAAUAACUGUACAUAAUCAUCUUCAGCCAUGAUUAUCCAUUUAUAUCAGGUUUUCCCCAUUGUAAAGGGUUUGUAACCUAGGUAGGACACCCCUGAACCUCUGUGCCCUGGUAAAAUAUUCUAUUUUCUUCUUACCCUUUGGCAA